AUGGGAGUUCCAAAAGAGCACCUAUUUGGCAUAGACUACCUGGAGCCCAAUAGGAUUACCGAGCGGGAGAUCGUGAAAUAUCGCGCCGAGUAUUUCAUACUAGAUUCGGUAGGGAUGAGGAUCCCUACGACCACCGAAUCUCUAAGUAGGCCGAAGGAGGGUGAAGUCGUCUUCUUCACGGACGUACUUCUGCAAGGGAUAAGGCUUCCGCUGCAGCCUGCCGUUCAGAGGAUCUUGGCACAGAUCGGCUAUGCUCCCGGCCAAUUCAACCCCAACUUUUGGGUGGCGUUAAUGGGAGUGGUCACGGCCUUCGGCAUGGCCGGCGAGGGAGCACCUUCGCAAGUUGAAGCAGCCGAGCGCCACCCAAGCGGAGAUCUGGCAGAUCAACAAGGUGAGGCUGAAGGUCCCUGCCGUGGAGAGAGUGUACUCGAACUUAUUGCCACAAUGAGAAUUCUUACCGAUCUUGAUUUUGUAGUGACGGAAGAGAGAAGGGCUGCCGAGGCAAAGAGGAUGACGAGUCCUCUAAGCGGCGCCUUAUGCUUGGCCUCCAAGGGAAGAAAAAGAAGAGCCGGAAGCGGUACCAGCGUCCUCGGGAGAGUCGACCCCGAAGACCAAACCAUUGCCGACCGUCUUCGUCAGCUCAAUGCUGGCUCGGCGCAGGCCGAAGCGACAGCAGUCGAUCCGUCUCCUAGCCGAGGUGUGCCUGCUGAGGGCACCUCCUCCAAAGCAGCUGGCAAGCGCUAUUCACCGUCGAUCUGGAUGCCGAUCCCGCCCCAAAGUGCGGGCGGUAAACUGAGUCUGCUCGGGCCAUCUUCGCUGCUGAAGACGACAAUGCGUCUGUCGAACCCGUCACUUUGGCUUGUCCAUCGAAGACGGUCCAAUUUGCGAACCACAUGA